GCUGGCCCUGCUGCCAUGGCAACCAGGAAAUACUCACCGCCGUCAAAGUAGUAGUAGUGUCCGUGAGAGAGGGGGGCAGAGAUCGGAGCAGAACGUGGGGAGCGGGAGUCUAGACGGACCACAGCAGCAGAAAGGAUCGAUUUCCACAUUCGGCUGUGCUGAACCUCGUCCUCCUGCAGAAAUGGCUGCCAGCACUGCCGCGCCGGUCAAAAACGUGGUGGUGUUCAGGAAUGGAGACCCCUUCUUCGGCGGACGCAGGUUUGUGGUCAACCAGCGUCAGUUGGCCACCAUGGAGGUCUUUCUGAACGAGGUGACCCAGAGCAUCGGCGCCCCGCUGGCUGUCAGGACCCUGUACACCCCAAGGCAGGGCCACAGGGUCUCAGGCCUCCAGGACCUCCAGACGGGAGCGCAGUACGUCGCUGCCGGCUUCGAGAGGUUCAAGAAACUGGACUAUCUGCAUGCAGGGUUAAAAAAGCAGCCUGGAGUUCGUAAUGAAGCACAGGUAAAAGUCAUCCAGAGGCCCAACGUUUCAGCCAAAUGGAGGAAGUUUAUUCCUGUUCCUUGCAUUAUACAUGUAUUCCGUAAUGGAGAUCUUCUGUGUCCACCUUUCCGGUUCAUCAUUCCUCGGAGUUUGCAGCAGGACCUGGAUCAGAUCCUGAGUCUGAUCACCGAGAAAGUCGGCUUACGGACUGGAGCGGUGCGCAGGCUGUGCUCUCUGGAUGGAGUCUCCGUUUCCUCGGCUGGGGAGUUGCAGACCGGCCGCUGCUACGUUGCUGUGGGAACCGAAAGGUUCAAGAAACUUCCGUAUGUGGAGCUGCUGGUUUCAAAAGCUGCCGAGAGACAUUAUCCUGAGAAGAGGAAACUACUGAGGAGAACACAGAACAGAAAAGCAGGAAGCGGUCCCGAAGACCGGUACAGUGACUCAGCUCUCCUCAACUCCCCAGAGUCCGAUGGCCGGAGGGUGAAGUCAACAGGAGAUGAAGCUGCAGCUCUUCAGGCGUCGCAGCAGCUGAGCAGGAGAGAGAGAGCAGACGAGGCGUCCGGAUACUUCGCCCGGCCUGUCAAAGUUCGCAAGAACAGAACGCAAAGCAGACCGCUGCUCCCUGAUGGACCUGGUAAGCCAGGUGUGCUCAAAGGAGAGGAUAGGACAAAUAGAGAGGAGGCUCAAGGUGCAGAGGAGGUGCAGGAGGACGAGAAUACGGCUACAGAGCUGCCUGUUGAUCAGAGAGUUGCAGAAAUAGUUGAAGAUGAAGACUUAAGCAACACGGAGGAUCCGGUGCAGAACUCUCCACAGAGACAUGCAGAAAAGAGAGAGCAGCACAAGCAUCAACAGGAACUCAGUGGAAAGCAGGUGAAAGCAUCUGAACAGAAGCAGGAGUCAGCAGCUCAGAUCCUGAAAGAGGCUGAACUGAAGCCGAAAUCGUCAUCAUCCCACUCAGAGGGGAAGAUCGGGGAAGAGCAGGCAAGUCUGCCGACUUCACAUCUAUAAAAUCCUGGAGAAACUUUGCUUUUCUACUGAUUUUAAUGCUUUCCUGUGACAGAAGAGCCUGCAGGAGCUUAAUGCCGUCUCUCACAAAAUGAGUACUAUCUAAACUGUGAUAUUGAGAAAAGUAAGGUUUGUUUGUAUUUUGUCUUUUUUUAAUCAUAAGACAUAAAUGGGAAUCAAAAUCCAACAAAUCUAAAAAAAAAAACCUUCUGAAAGUGAGAUUAUUUAAUCUGUUCAUCCUGUUUAAAAGGAGUAACUCUGAUGUAGACAUUAAGUGUUGAAAUCUGCAGGGACCAACAUUCAGCCCUGCAUCUUAAUUUAACAGAAAAUAAUCCAUAAAGAGCUGCUGUGUCAACCGAAAACCCAUUAAUGCACAAGAACAUGCAAACGUGAACAAAUUUUUUUUUUUAUAUAUAUGCCAUUGUUGUUCACUCUUCUUCAUUCAAAGCAAAUAUUCUAGAAUUCUCAAAUUUUCCACCCUUGAAAUACAAUUUUUUACAGAUUAAAGUCUGUAUUUUUUUUCCCUGGGUUUUUUGUUUUCACGUUUGGCAGGAAGUAGAGAGCAUCAUGUCUGAAGUAAAGUCAAUGAAAAGUCAUAGAAAGUGAUUUUUUUUCCAUCCAAUGUAUGAAAAUUGUUAGUUCAAUACAUGAGAAAUUAUUUUUUUUGUUUGAAUCAAAUAAAAAUGAGGUGUGCUUGACUGAGGAAGCAGUUUCUGUCAAAGUAGUUUAGUACUAAAAUAUAUGACAUUUAAAAUGACAAAGUCAUUUGUGUCUUAAAUCCAUGAAAUAAUAUAAUAAAAGUUUCUAUUCUUUUGUA